AUGGCGGAGACCAGUGCCCUGCUGCACAGCUCAUCGGGCCUUGCCCAUCCGGUCCCUAGUCUGAAUACGUUCAGGCCCCGUAUGGGUCAAACUUCCAAGCUUACGGCCAUGGUACAGCCGCUGUGUCCCGAUUUCCAGUUCCGCGUUGAACAGCAUGCCCUAAUUCUGCUUGCAGACCUGAAACAUUUCGAGAAAGGUCAUGCACUAUCGGUGGAUUUGGGCCCUAGAGGCUUGAGAAGAAAUUUGGACAGAGCCUCCGCAUUUUGCAAGCACUACAUGCAUCAUAGCGACCCCGACAAUCUCAAAAGUGAGACUUGGAAACACGCAGAGGAUAAAUUGCCGACUGUGCAACCACCUCUGACCAGUGAACGUAUCCGUGGAGAGAGCUGGGAGGAAAUUUCGCGGUCAAUGUACUACAAUCAGCGGUUCGAGACAGACCCAGACCUCCCAAUCGUCGUACGCAAUCGGUCAGAGGAACGCAUUUGCUUUGAACGCGAUGGUCAUGCCUGUAUGUUGACAGGGAAGAAGGAUGACCUAACUCUCUUCUGGUUUAUCCCGCCCACGUGGAACAACAAUGUGGAUGGAAACAACGUCACGGGCAAUCUGUAUUUCUCAGGUCAUAUCUUGGCCGACGUCGAUCUUCUGGAUGAUAUUCUCAGCGUGACCGAGCUUGGCAAGAGUCAUAAAGCAUGGAACAUGAUUUGCGUUGACCGAACUCUGUACAGAUUCCUGUCAACCGGUUGGUGUGCAUUCAAGUUUCAUGGUACCACCCGACGCCAUGACGGAAAAUUCGAAGUGCUUUUGCAGUUCUACUGGAUGCCUCAGUUGACAGCGCGAUUCAACAAACCCACUAACAACUUCGAUAUGGAAAACAUCGUACGGGAGUUCAAGGCAUUUGUUCAAUCAGAUUGUCCCCCGCCGCCUCACUAUCCCAAGGAGUCUCCGGCACCUGAAUCUGGUUACCUCAUCCGCCUUGUUAUGACACAAGAAGAAGCGAGAAAGACCGAGUCUGCAGUCAAGGUGCACUGGGCCUGUGUAGUGUACACGGCUCUUUGCGGUGGUGCCGGGCGCUCUCAGUUCCUGACUGGUAUGGAUCAGAGCGAUGGGUCUUUGGUGCCCAGGGACAAGGAGUUCGAAAAAGCGAAGGAGCGGUUAGAAUUGGACCAUCGGGUGGCCGAGAUGGGGUGGAAGAAGGCUUACCGAGAGAUUCGCAGUGAUGGAACUGCGUCAUCCAAAGAUACCAUCUAG